AUGACCGUCCCAACAAUCCCAGAGAUGGGCGAGGCAAAGCCUGAAGGGACCGUGCAAGAAUCACGCGUCUUGAUCAUCAUGACAGGAGGCACAAUCUGCAUGCAACCUUCGCCAUCAGGCUUCAUCCCAGCGCGCGGCUUCCAAGAGAAAUGCAUGGCGCGUGUACCAACAUUCAACGAUGGCUCACCGUCGACAACAAUGGACGUGGUAGCCAACGCAGCCAACGAAGUCAAAGAACACCCCAGUCUGCGCACGCCCAUGACAGCUUACGGACGACAAGUCCGAUACACAGUCUUCGAGUUCGAAGAACUCCUCGACAGCAGCUCCAUCGACGCAAAAGGCUGGGCCGAGAUCGCUGAGACGGUCUUCCGGAACUACACGCUCUUCGACGGGUUUGUGAUUCUGCAUGGCACGGAUAGUCUGGCGUAUACUUGUUCCGCGCUCAGCUUUAUGCUGCAGAAUUUGGGAAAGCCCGUUGUGCUUACUGGCUCGCAGGCGCCCAUGCUUGAGCUGCAGAAUGAUGCCACGGAUAACCUGCUCGGCUCGCUAGUUGUUGCGGGUCAUUUCAUGAUUCCGGAGGUGUGUUUGUAUUUUAAUAACAGAUUGUUCCGCGGGAAUCGGACUACGAAGGUUGCUGCUAGUGACUUUGCUGCGUUUGAUGCGCCCAAUUGUGCGCCGUUGGCUGUUACCACUUCUAUGCGGACGAAUGUUAAUUGGGAUAUGGUUCACCGGCCGAGGAGUUUGCAGCAUUUUAGUAUUCAGACUAAUCUGGAUACUACCCAUGUUGCUUGCCUGCGUAUCUUCCCUGGUAUCAAGCCGGAGAUGGUGGAUGCGGUGUUGAAGUUGGAUGGAUUGCGAGGAUUGAUUCUGGAGACGUUUGGUGCGGGCAAUGCGCCAUCUGGUCAGGAUAAUGCUAUGAUCAACGUUCUGGCUAGUGCGAUUCAGCGGGGCAUUGUUAUCGUGAACAUCACACAGUGUCUCACUGGCAGCGUCAGUCCAGUCUAUGCCACAGGCAUGAGUCUCUCCCGAGCCGGAGUCGUCGCAGGUCUCGACAUGACCACCGAAGGAGCAUUGACCAAACUGGCCUACCUACUCGCGCUCCCAGGUUCCACACCAGAAUCAGUCCGCGAGCGCAUGUCAGUAUCACUCCGCGGCGAGCUGACCGAGUCAUCGCAACCUGUAUUCCGUCACCCGGACGGCGCGCUCCCCGAACGCAUCCAAACGCUCACCGUAAUGGGCUAUGCCAUCGCCCACGGCGACCUAGAGAAGGUCCAAGCGAUCACCAAAAGCGAACACCACUGGCUCCUCAACGACGCCGAUUACUCGGGCAACACGCCAAUUCAUCUCGCCUCAACCUCCCCCGCAAUUUCAAUCCUCCAUUUCCUCUUAUCGCAAGGCGGCUCCGUCCAUCUCCGCAAUCGCGCCGGCCGCACCCCACUCUUCCUCGCAGCUAACGCUGGCCUCUCAGAGAACGUCCUUCUCCUCCGCAAGUCGGGUGCUCACCUGCACUCCGAUGAGCGACCCGCGGCUGAGCUGUUGGCCCGUCAUCGUCCCUCGGUCUGGGGGUUGGCGGGGGUCGGACCGAAAGAGAUUAGCCAGCGCGAGAUGGACGAGGAGUGGGAUUGGGACGCUGGUCGAGGUAGGAUGACGGCUGGAUCAGCACCAUCUUAA